AUGCAUUCUUCAGACAUGAAGUAUAUUUCAGUUUCUUCUCCACACACUUGCAACUUGGGUAAAAAACAUUUUCCCGAAAGCAUACUCAUGCAACCAGAUUUCCACUCUGCGAAUCGGAAAAGGCCAUCUGUAAGUGAAGAGGGCUUUCCCUCAAGUCUGCAUGACUCCGAGGAGUCUGACUGUGAAAGCCUUGUUCAGGAGAGACAGUAUCAGUUAGAGCUCCAGCAGUGGAUUCAUGAAAAUGAAGAGCUGGUAGGACUGUAUUCAGAUGAGUUGGAGAGUGACAGCUUGGAGGACGAUAGCUUGGAGGAGAUGAGCUUAAAACAACAAGGAGCUGAGUGUGACACAAAUCGAUAUACAAAUGGAAUACAAAAGAAUGAUGGUAACGAAAGCAAACAACAGUCCGUGGAGAAAUAUUUCAACUUAAGAUACAAUCCUAACUGGAAGAAUAUAAAAGAGGUAGCAGAAUUUUCUGAGGCAGAAAAAGCAUGUCAAGUUGCUGAAGGAAGCAGUGUGGACUUUUCAGAAGAUUCAUUUUACCUCCAUUCAAAUGGCUCCCCAGAAGAAAAGAAUCAACAGGAGGCAAAGUCACAAGAUGAAUUCUCAGAGCUUGGUACAGAAUUACUAAGCUUUCAUGAACCAAAUGCUGUGGUCAGCAGUGAACCUUUCAGGCUACAUACCAAAGGGAAGGAAUCUGCAGAUGGCUGUCAUUUCAAAGAUAGUCCCAGCACGUAUGGCAGUGCUUUUUCUCUUCAGAUUCAAGAAGAUCGACCACAAAGAGCAAAAAAAGACUUUGUGAAAAAAAAUAAACAAACUUUAGGAUUACGUUCAGAGAAGAUAAAUUCCUAUCUUCAGUUACACAGUAAAAAGCAAGAAGUUCUUCAAAAGCAAGUUAUAGAUCCUAAAACAGUUGAUGAGGAGCCAGCUCAGCGUGUCCUACAAUUCCAGAAUGUGAAAAUGGAGCCGGAAGACAAAUGGUACCUGAAAGCACAGCAACUCAAGGAUCACCAAAAUAAGUCCUGCCAGAGCAAUAAAAUAAAAUCCAACCAGAGUCUCAAAGGGAGAGCUUUCCCAAGGAGUGACAGCCAACAACCACCAGGAAGACCAACAGAACCAAAGUCUUGGCACCACAGGCACCACCAAAUAUCAGAAUUUCAGACUACUCCCACGCAGGCAGUGGAGCAAGACGACAGCAUCACACUGCAGAAAUGGCUGUAUCCAAGUCUUUCUGGUGGCCCUGACACUAAUACAGCAACAAAUUCAGAUACUUGCUUAAAUAAUUUCCCAAAUUCAAGUCAUUUUGUUAAUCAGGAUUUUACCACAUCUGUGUAUCCUUUUCAUCCAACAUCCCAUGAAUUCAACCCAGCAGAGAUUAUAUCUCCGACAUAUACCAGCAAGGAGAACAAGAAAUAUCAGCAUGAUUGUCCAAAUGGACUUCCACAUGACCAGCAACAUUUAUAUAACCAAGUCACUGCGCAGCUUUUUGCAAGAGAUAACAGUACCAGUGGUCAAGCGCGUCCAAAUCAGAGGAAUAUUUCAUCUACUUUUAAUGCCAAUUUUCAGGAGUUGGUGAAGGAUCAAGUAUCACUUCGGGAUUGCAAAAGACACAUUUGCAUGCAUAAAAGGUAUCAGAACUAUGCUAUCAGUAUUUUAUGGCCUUCUCAACCUUCUGUUCAGACUUCACCAACAGCCCCUUGUACAACCUCCCUAUUUACACAGACGAUGGAGCGACUUCACCAAGAAAUCGCUCAUGUGACAGAAGCUCACUUAGCUGACAGGCAUUUGUUCAGCCUACUUCCACCUAUAAUCCCACAGGUAGAAAGUGGUUCAGACAGAGAUCCAGAGAACGGUGAAGGAAAUCAAGUGAAAAUAAGCCGAAGCAACUCAGAAGGAUAUCUCGUGCAAAUGGAAAAGCAAAAAGAGCCAAAAGUCAGAAAGAAACCAUCUAGUUCAAAAGCCUACAUAAAUAUGGAUGUGAAGCUUGGAGGCCUUGGACCUGACUAUGAAGCAAUCAAAGAAAAAAAAGAGAAGUUAAAGCAACAAAAAGAAUAUGCAAAGCAAAUCAAGGAACACAAUAUGAAAAGCAUUGCUUCAGUUCAGAGGUUACCUACAAAACCCCAGGUCAUAUCUUCAGUGUCAAGACAGAAGGCGCUGGAAUAUGCUAAGAAGAUUCCUAGACCAAAGGCUUUCACGGCAAGACAAUCGGAUGAAGAGGUGAAAGAGGAAAGAGUUCUGCCACAGACUUUAAAUGGAGACAGUUUACCUCAAAUUGCAUCCUUGGAAACUCUGCAAAAUAGACAUGAGAAGGAGAAGCAAGUAGUAGCUGCUUUCAGAAGCCUUCAUAUCUUAUAA